UGGGGGAGGGCGCUGACGUCACCGAAGGCUCUUCUCCUUUUAAAGGUCGCCGCCGCGCGCCGCGCUCAGACCCGCAGACGGACUCAGCCCCGUCAGGACCCCCGCAGCGCGACGAGGCGCUCCCCCCCGGCUCCGUGUCCCGCAGCUCCCCCUGGAUGGAGCAGCCGCGCCUCCCCCGCAGCCCGCGGCUCUGAACCCGCGCGCCUUUCCGAACCGUCCGCUCCGGGCCGCGGCGUCCCCUCCGUGACUCUCCGUUCCCAUGCGAUUCUUCAGACUGACAUUCAAGUGCUUCGUUGAUUGUUUCUGAGGCCGCCGCCGCCGCCGUCCUUUUCCUUUCCCGCUUCUUUUGACCUUUUUUCUGACUCCGGACUAAACCCGAUUUUAGACAUUUGCUUUGAACUCGCUGUGACAGAACCGAAUCCCGAUCCGACAGCAGGACACGCAGGUUCUGCGGGACUCUGAGGAACCGCAGGGUCCAAAGCAGCGUCUGGACUGAGAAGUUCUGGUUUCUGUCUGCAGAAACUUCUGCUGCAGCUGUUCCGGACUCUGAGGCUGUCAGAACCGGAGCCAGAGUUCGGGAUGGAGAAGCAGGCUCUGCCCGCCUCCUCUCUGGAGGAGACCAAGGUGAUCCACCUGUCCAACGGCGCAGGCGCGUACCCCCUCCCUGCAGCCAACGGCACCCUGGUUCCGUUAGCGGGCUCUGGGGGCGGGGCCGCCGGUUCGGGACAGGACAAGACAGUGGGGCCCGCCAACGGGGCGGGGCCAGGAUACGAGGAGAGGGAAACAUGGACGCGGCAGAUGGACUUUAUCAUGUCCUGCGUGGGCUUUGCUGUGGGACUUGGAAACGUGUGGAGGUUCCCAUACCUGUGCUACAAGAACGGAGGAGGCGUCUUCCUCAUCCCGUACCUGCUGAUCGUGAUUGUUGGAGGAAUCCCCAUCUUCUUCCUGGAAAUUGCCCUGGGCCAGUUCAUGAAGGCUGGAAGCAUCAAUGUGUGGAACAUCGCUCCUCUCUUUAAAGGACUUGGUUUUGCCUCCAUGGUGAUUGUGUUCUUCUGCAACACCUACUACAUCAUGGUUCUGGCCUGGGGCUUCUACUACCUGAUCAAGUCCUUCAGCUCUACUCUGCCCUGGUCCACCUGUGACAAUGAGUGGAACACUCCCAGCUGCAUAGAGAUCUUCCACCACCAGGACUGCAAGAACGCCAGCCUUGCCAACACCACCGUGGGCAACAGCAACAUGACCUGCGCUGACCUGGUUGAUGCCCGCUCCCCCAUUAUAGAAUUCUGGGAGAACAAAGUGCUGAACAUCUCAUCUGGUCUGGACGAACCUGGAAAGCUGAACUGGGAGCUGAUGCUGUGCCUGAUGGCUGUCUGGGUUCUGGUUUACUUCUGUGUCUGGAAGGGAGUGAAAUCCACCGGGAAGAUUGUGUACUUUACCGCCACCUUCCCAUACGUGGUCCUCAUCAUCCUGCUGGUCAGAGGAGUCACUCUUCCCGGAGCGUACGACGGCAUCAUGUACUACAUCAAGCCAGACUGGUCCAAACUGGAGGAGGCGCAGGUGUGGAUAGAUGCUGGAACACAGAUCUUCUUCUCCUACGCCAUCGGCCUUGGAGCGCUGACUGCUUUAGGCAGCUACAACCGCUUCAAUAAUGACUGCUACAAGGACGCCUUCGUUCUGGCUCUCAUCAACAGCGGCACCAGCUUCUUUGCUGGUUUUGUGGUCUUCUCCAUUCUGGGCUUCAUGGCUGCUGAGCAGGGAGUCGACAUCUCCCAAGUGGCAGAAUCAGGUCCGGGUCUGGCCUUCAUCGCGUAUCCCAAGGCGGUCAGCCUGAUGCCCGUGGCCCCGCUCUGGGCGGCUCUCUUCUUCUUCAUGUUGCUGCUGCUCGGACUGGACAGUCAGUUUGUGGGCGUGGAGGGCUUCGUCACCGGCAUCCUGGACCUGAUUCCUGGAAAUCAUUAUCACCGAUACAAACGAGAGAUCGCCGUGGCGAUUUGCUGCUUACUGUGUUUUAUUAUUGACCUCUCCAUGGUAACACAGGGAGGGAUGUACGUCUUCCAACUCUUUGACUACUACUCUGCCAGCGGCAUGACUCUGCUGUGGCAGGCAUUCUGGGAAUGUAUAGUAGUUGCCUGGGUCUAUGGAGCUGAUCGAUUCAUGGAUGACGUGGCUCGGAUGAUCGGCUACCGGCCGUUCCCCUGGAUGAAGUGGUGCUGGUCCUUCAUAACUCCGUGUGUUUGCAUUGGCAUCUUUCUGUUCCACCUGGUCAACUACAAGCCGCUGACCUACAACAACGUGUACGUGUACCCGUGGUGGGGAGAGGUGAUUGGCUGGUGUUUGGCGCUCUCCUCCAUGCUCUGCAUCCCCACCACCGUCCUCUACAAACUCUUCAGGGCCAGAGGAACCUUCAAAGAGCGUUGGGCCCACCUGACCAGUCCAGUGUGGGGGGCUCAUCACCUGGAGUACAUGGCCCCUGAUGUCAAAGCGCUGAGCCCGCUGUCGCCCGGCACUGACGACAACAAAGUCAUCAUCUUUGAGAGCGUCAUGUAAGCUGGACCCCACCCUACCCGCCUGCUGCAAGGAAGGAUGCUGCAAGGAAGAACACCCCACCUCAAGGGGCACAGACUCAGCUGAUUCGCCAACACCACCGUCUCCGCCUAACAAACCCUACUAUGCUGACGCACAAGCAGUUAGCUCCUCCCACUUUAACAAAGGAGGAGGAGCUGAGAGUCAGAGAAUGGAACCAACUGAGAGUGCAGCAACUCUGAUCAGACUGACAGACAGACACGCAGACAGACAGACAGACAGACAGACACGCAGACAGACAGGCAGACACACAGACAGACACGCAGACAGACAGGUAGACAGACAGGCAGACAGAGAGACAGACAGGCUGCUUCUAAACUGACGUGUUUCAUAGAAUGACCUCUAACGCUCUGAGUAGAAUCUCUUAGCUCUCACUCUUGUUUGUUUGGAUUGAUGAUGAAAAAAAAGGUCCCUGAACUCACCUCCUGAGUUCGGGUGCAGCUGAACGCAGCAUCAGCAGCAACGCUGAGCAUGAAGGCCCGCCCACCUCCUGCUCCCAGAGCAGGUUGACUCUCCAUCUGUUUCCCACUGUCCCACUGUGAGCAUGAGCUCAUCAUCUUCAUCUGUGCUCACAUCAAUUUGUGUUUGACGUCAGCUCUCAGGACGAUGAAGAUGAGUUAGGCAA